AUGGAUAUCGCGCUCCUCCUCGCCCUCGGGCUGCUGGCCCAGAGCCUGGGCCCGUCCUUGGGGGUCUCUGCACAGAAGAGGCCCAGUAUCCUAUACCCCUGGCAGCGGGCACCCGCGCCAGGCCGUGUGCGAAGAGCCUGGGUCAUCCCCCCCAUUAGUGUAUCCGAGAACCACAAGCGCCUCCCGUACCCCCUGGUGCAGAUCAAGUCGGACAAGCAGCCCCUGGGCAGUGUCAUCUACAGCAUCCAAGGUCCUGGUGUGGACGAGGAGCCCCAGGGCGUGUUCUCCAUCGACAAGUUCACGGGGAAGGUGUUCCUGAAUGCCAUGCUGGACCGGGAGAAGACAGACCGCUUCAGGCUAAGGGCCUUUGCUCUGGACCUGGGAGGAGCCACCCUAGAGGAGCCCACCGACCUGGAGAUCGUGGUCGUGGAUCAGAAUGACAACCGGCCCGUCUUCCGGCAGGAGGCGUUCACGGGCCAAGUGCUGGAGGGUGCAGUCCCAGGCACCUACGUGACCAGGGCCGAGGCCACAGAUGCUGAUGACCCAGAAACCGACAAUGCAGCCCUGCGAUACUCCAUCCUGGAGCAGAGCAGCCCCCAGCUCUUCAGCAUUGAUGAGCACACGGGGGACAUACGCACCGUGCAAGUGGGUCUGGACCGUGAGGUGGUCGCCGUGUACAACCUGACCCUGCAGGUUGCGGACAUGUCUGGAGAUGGCCUCACCGCCACGGCCUCCGCCAUCAUCACCCUCGAGGACAUCAAUGACAAUGCACCUGGGUUCACCGGGGAUGAGUUCUUCAUGGAGGUCACAGAGGCCAUCAGCGGAGUGGAUGUGGGGCGGCUCGAGGUGGAGGACAGGGACCUGCCAGGCUCCCCCAACUGGGCAGCCAGGUUCACCAUCCUGGAGGGUGACCCCAAUGGACAGUUCGCUAUCCACACAGACCCCAAGACCAACGAGGGCGUGCUGUCCGUGGUGAAGCCCCUGGACUACGAGCGUUGUGAGCAGUACGACCUCACAGUGGAAGUGCAGAACGAGGCUCCCCUGCAGGCAGCUGCCCCCAGGGCCGAGCGGGGCCAGGCCAGGGUCCACGUGCAGGUGCAGGAUGUCAACGAGGCGCCCGUGUUCCAGGAGAACCCACUGCGGACCAGCCUGCCCGAGGGGGCGCUCCCAGGAACCCCCGUGGCCUCCUUCUCUGCCCAAGACCCUGACACACAGCAGCUGCAGAGGCUCAGCUACUCCAAGGACUACGACCCGGAGGACUGGCUGCAAGUGGACAGAGCCACGGGUUGGGUCCAGACCCAGCGAGUGCUCAGCCCAGCAUCACCUUUCCUCAAGGACGGCUGGUACAGGGCCAUUAUCCUGGCUUUCGAUGAUGCCUCCCCACCUCGCACGGCCACUGGGACCCUGUCCAUUGAGAUCCUGGAGGUCAAUGACCACGCCCCUGAGCUGUCCCCGCCAUCUGGUAGUGUGUGCAGCAAGCCAGAUCAGGGCUCUGGCCUUCUCCUGGGGGCCACGGAUGAGGACCUGCCCCCCCACGGGGCCCCCUUCCACUUUCAGCUGAGUCCCCGGGUCCCAGAGCUGACCCAGAACUGGAGCCUUAGCCAGAUUAAUGUGAGCCACGCGCGCCUGCGUCUACGCCACCAGGUCCAGGAGGGCCUGCACCGCCUCAGCCUGCUCCUCCGAGACUCAGGGCAGCCGCCCCAGCAGCGCGAGCAGCCCCUGAACGUGACAGUGUGCCGCUGCGGCCAGGACGGUGCCUGCCUGCCAGGGGCCGCUGCCCGGCGCACGGGGGGCGCGGGCGUCAGCCUGGGCGCCCUGGUCAUCAUGCUGGCCAGCGUCAUCCUGCUCCUCUUGCUUGCCCUGCCGGUGGCCCUCGUCACGCGGUCCCGGCAGCAGUCCGGGGACAAGGGACUUCUGCACGGGCUGCACGACGACCUCCGGGACAACAUCCUCAACUACGAUGAGCAGGGGGGCGGAGAGGAGGACCAGGAUGCCUAUGACAUCAACCAGCUGCGCCACCCAACAGAGCUGGCAGCCCUGCGCGCCCCCCUGGGACGGCCGCCACUGCGCCGAGAUGCCCCGUUCAGCCGAGUGCGCCCCCAGCCACCCCGCAUGCUGCCCACCAGCCCUGCCGAUAUCGCUGACUUCAUCAAUGACGGCUUGGAGGUGGCAGACAGUGACCCCAGCGUCCCGCCCUACGACACAGCUCUCAUCUAUGACUACGAGGGGGAUGGUUCUGUGGCAGGAACGCUGAGCUCCAUCCUGUCCAGCCUGGGGGACGAGGACCAAGACUACAGCUGCCUCCGGGGCUGGGGCCCGCGCUUCGCCCGGCUGGCUGACCUGUACGGAACCCCGUGAGGGCCAGACCGAGGGCCAGGGCAG